AUUUAAUUAAGUUUUUUUUUUUGGUUCUUGUGAUUUGAAGUUGAGGUUUUGUAAUAAAUUGAGAAGUCCCACUGUGACCGUCUUCUUCUCGGUUUCCUUGGGGUCUUCUCUUUUUUUUAUUUAUCGCCGCCACAUGUCGCCGCCAGUGCGUGCGCCGCUCAAUAAAUGAAAAUAGAGCCCGGCCGAGUCGUGGCGCAGUACUUAAAAAUGCAUUAGGACGAAAUACAGUCCCGCCCGUUGUCGUUGUUGUUUUCUGGUGUUGCUUUUUUUAUUUUUUUAUAUUUUUUUUUGUUCUCCCGUUCCUCCACCGCCGCCGUCGGGGCUCUUUCUCGCUUCCUAGAGGUCGUUUUUGGGUACUCUAGCUAGCGCUCUCUCCGCGCGCAAUAAACAACGUGGGGCACUAUUUUUAAAGUGUAUUACUUCGCCCCGAACUCCUUUUCCCCCUAUCUUGCUCUUCUGAAUGGAUGUCUUUAUGCCGUACACACGUUUUUGGAAUGUUUACAUUUUUCGAAAGACACUAAUCCUGAAACACAACUAAAAAAAAUUAUUUUUUUCUAAAUAUCUUCUAUUUCGAUUUAAUUGAAAUAUUUUAGACAUCAAUGACAAAGUUAACAGAGAAAGCAAUAGCAUAACACAUCAGGUGUACAUAGCGACACUUGUCAAUCAAAAACCCGUGGCUAGUUCGAAAUACCAACGCGGUGAGACCGCAUAUAAAAUAAUUCAUUUCGGAGGAUGACCACUAGCGAAUAACGUUCGUUGGUGGAAAAAGUGUGUUGGGCUCGCGGGCCCAUUGACGCCUUUGUCGAGGACCCAUUAGCCGCGAUGGAUUGACCGGUGUAGCGGAUGUUCGGUUUCGCUUCAUAGCGAAAAGAGCGCCGCCGCCACCGCGGCAUCAGAACAACAUGACGCCGAACGCGAUUCGCUUUAUUGUUUUGCGUUUGACUGAUGUAUUCGCCGAUUUAUUUCCGUUCGCCGUCCGUCCAUCAGAACCAUCGCCCCUAAAGUGCCCCCAACCCAUUUCUGUUUGUUUCUCACCUAUUUGCUAAAAUUAAAUUGAAAAAUCGUGUUUUUUUAUCAAAGACAAAACAAACAUGGGAAGAAAAUUAGAUAAGAUUCGAGAUUUUGUGUAGGUAUAAAAGAUUUAGAAAUUGUUACUCGCAUUAUUAAAUCAGUAAAAAUGAAGUUGGAAUUAUUUUUGGUGAGUAUCCUUUCUCUAAUUCCUUUUGGAAUAUCCGCUCCAAAAGAAGAUGGAAAUACUAAAAUAGUUGGAGGUGAUCCAGUUAAUAUUUACGAACAUCCACAUCAAGUUGCUUUGCUUUACUUCGGAUCGCAUAUUUGUGGUGGUGUUUUAAUCCUACCCAGAUUUGUUCUUACAUCUGUAACUUGUAUAGCAGAUGGACAUCCGACCCAAUUCAGUAUUAGAGCUGGUUCAAGUUAUGCCAACGAAGGAGGAAUCGUCGUGGAUGUAAACAAAAUCCAUAUCCAUCCAAACUACAAUGAAUUUACCUUCGAUUUCGACGUUGCAAUCCUUUACUUAGAUUCUGCACUUUAUCAAGACUCAACCAUUGAUUUUGCAAAUUUGGUUGCUGCUGGUACUCCCAUUCCAGCAGGAAUUGAGGCUACUGUAACCGGUUGGGGUACUUUAGGCGAAAGCGGAGAAGUUGCACACCAACUUCAAGAAGUUAAAGUAAAUAUUUUAAGUGGCGAUGAUUGCAAAGAAGCUUAUGGAGAUAUAACUAUUACGGAAAAUAUGCUUUGCGCUGGUGUAACUGGUGGUGGAAAAGAUGCUUGUGUGGGUGAUGCUGGUGGUCCAUUACAAUUGAAUGAUCAAGUGAUUGGAUUGGUAUCAUGGGGUUAUCCAGGAUACCAAAUCUACGGUUGUGGAAGACCAGAGUAUCCCGGUGUAUAUACCAAUUUGGCUUACUGUCGGGAAUGGAUAACAAGUGUAACCGGUGCAUAAGAAAAAAAUA